AGUAUGGCCAAUCAACCUGAUUAAUGCCAAAAAUACAUUACGUGGACAUCAACGAGAUGACUCUAAAAUCACUUUGUCAGAUUCGUUUCUUGAUGUAUAAUUCUGAAAAUUAAAAUUGCACUGCAAAAUUUCUAGUAGCAGGAUCACCUUCAUAACCCAUCAUCUCAAACUUUUUUCCUUUUUAGGGUUACUCUAAUCCAAAACAUUCCUCAAAUCUUCAACCAAAUCCUAGAAAUAACAAUGUCCAACAGUGAUGACGGAAUUGAUGAAUCCAAUGAACAUUCAUUCGAGAAAGUUAAGAAGAGAUUAAAGGAUCGAUCCAAGAAAACGAAAGAGAAAACGAAAAAGAUGAUUUCUGAACAGGCGGAACGCAUUGCUAAACAAGCUGAAGAACACGAGAGGUUCAUCAAUAAGGUGACAUAUUUAUGUGGUGUUUUUGGGUUUGGAGGAUUUUGCUUUCUACUCGGGGCAAGGCCACAGGAUAUUCCAUAUGUGUACUGUCUAUUCUAUGUCAUAUUUGUUCCAAUUAGAUGGAUUUAUUAUAGAUACAAGAAAUGGCAUUACUAUCUGCUGGAUUUUUGCUACUAUGCUAAUACAAUAUUCUUGGUUAUGCUUCUUAUCUAUCCGAAAAACGAAAAACUUUUCAUGGUUUGUUUUUCUUUUUCUGAGGGGCCUUUAGCAUGGGCAAUAAUUGUGUGGAGAUGUAGCUUAGUUUUCAAUUCCAUUGAUAAAAUUACCAGUGUCCUUAUACACUUAUUACCUGGUUUGUCUUGCUUUACAAUUCGGUGGUGGAGUCCAGCGACUUUUGCAGCCAUGCAUCCCGAAGGAACUGCUCAAAGAGUCUCAUGGCCUUACGUAGAAAACAAAUCAUACCUUUGGAUGUGGCUAUUUCUAGUCCCAUUAAUUGCUUACACUCUCUGGCAAGCUCUAUAUUUUCUGAUAGUAAACGUUUUGCGUAGACAGAGGCUGUUACGAGAUCCAGAAGUCAUGACUUCUUAUAGGGAACUUUCGAAGAAAGCUCAGAAGGCAAACAGUAUUUGGUGGCGUCUGAGUGGCUUGCUCGGGGAUCAGAAUCGUAUGUUCAUGUAUAUCCUUUUCCAGGCUCUGUUCACCGUGGCAACCAUGGCACUCACUGUCCCCAUCUUCCUGUCGUAUAAACUGUCGGUGAUCUUCCAAAUUCUGAAGGUCGCUGCUGCCGUCUGGAACGGAGGAAGCUUUGUGCUCGAAGUUAUGCCAAAACAGGUGAUUUUGAAGGAGAAAAAGAAAACCGAAAUGCAACCUCUUGAAGCUCACCUUGAAGGUUCCUCGCCUCUCACAAUCCCCGCUGCUGCUGAUGAGCACGUUCAACGAUCGUGAUUUUGCUUUAACACAACAAAAACAACUCGUAAUUUUCCCUCAACACCACGUACGUUAUCUUGUAUUCUCCGUCAUGUCAUUGUGGAUGACCUUGUUUCAGUAUAUAAAUAGUCGCAAUGUGUUUUGGUUCAAAUGUUUGCUUCUAUAAUUUGAUCUUGUGGGUCAGCGCACUUGUGUCUGGAAGGAUGGAGGUAAUUUGUAUUGGGAUACUUUAGCAUUGGUAUUAUAGCCAUCAAGCCAUAACAAAGAAAAGGUUAAAUAUAAAUACAUCCCAAUAUAAACAAGACUUAUAGUUAUUACAAUACAUUUAUAUAGUACGGGCAUCCAUUAAGUUGUCUAAGUAAGUAACAGUAAUUUGAAAUAUUGGCAAAUCAUUCUUACGUGGAAGAAUUUGGUAGGGCAAGGUUUUUAAGAUUUUAAUUUAUCUUUUUUGUUUAGUUUACUUUAUUAGUAUUUGUUUUGUUUUAUUAUGGUGAUUUACAAAUCAUGUGAUUGAUUAGAAAUACAUUUGCCCACAUACUUAAGCUACAAUUUUAUUUCUAGUCACAUUUUUUAAUUUUGUAGCAAUUUUGUUACUCAAAUGUCAUUUAAAUGGUUUUUUUCCGUAAUUUUUGAAUGGCAAUAAAUACAUAUUGAAGUCGGCAGGAAAUAAAAUAAAUUAAUAUUUUCUGUGAGUGGUAAGAAUUAAGCUCAUGUUGUAUGGAUUAAAAGGAAAUUUUUUAAAUAAUAAAUUAACCAAUGAUUCAAAACUUUUACAUCAUCAUAUCUAGUGUAUCUCGCCCAUAAAAAACUAUGGUUAGGUCUAGGGAGGGAAAAAAGACGGCAGCUCAUACCUAUAGAGGAGAGUGCAGUCAAAGAGUCUUUUGGCUCGAGAAAAGUCUUCAAAGAGAGAGAA